AUGUCUAACGUUAGAGUUUAUUUUAAACCUUUAUACACACCUCAGUCACUACAAUUGGAAUUACAAUUGAGAACUUUGAAGAAUUUGCUUGAAAGCAUCAGCGAAGAUAAACCAAAUAACCUUCAGAAGCAUUUGAAAACUUUUGCACUUACAUUAGAAGAAAAUUCAGAAACAUUAGGGAAAUGCUUUGAAUUGAUUAUACAGUCAAUUAGAUAUCAACCACUUGCUCAGGAACCUUUAGAAACAUUACUUGCAGACUUAAAAAGUGCUUGGAAUAAAACUUCUAGAAGAAUAUCUCAAAAAUCUUCAAACGUAUCAAAAAUGAACGGAGAUACAUUUAAUAUAAAUAUCUCAAUAUCUGAUAGAAGGACAUCUGAAAAUCAAGCUGAUCCACAUAGAGAAUGGACAGUAACCCUUAAUAAUAUUUUCUCUGAUCAUGUAUUUAAGCAAAAGUAUGAAGAAAUAACUUUAAAAGGAGAUAAACAAAAGAGAAGAAAUACCUAUUGGAACACAACUGAUGAUAGAGAAGAGGAUACUGAUAAUAGAGAGAAACAAAGAAGACCAGAAGGAGAAAAUGAUAUAAUUACACAAUUCUUGCAAGGAUUUGAAGAUUUAUUAAAGGCAUAUAUAUGGAAGCAUCAGUUGCAAAAUUUUAAGCAAAGGAAUAAAGAAACUAUCGAUGAAUAUGUUGCUCAAAUUACAGAAUUAGGGAAAAGAUUAGAUUUACAAGGGAUAAGGAAGAAAGUUGAUAAAAUAGCAGAGUUCAUAAAGGGAUUAAGAUCAGAAUUCAUUGGUAUGAGUGGUGGAUUUGUUCCAGCUCAAAUAACUUUAUUCAUGUCAAAAUUAAAAGAACAAAAUAAGCCAAAUAAUAAUAGUAAUAAUAAUAAUAGAAGUAACAAUAGAGAUACAAGAACUUGUCACAAAUGUAAUAAAGUUGGACACAUCGCAAAAGACUGUAAAUCAGAACAGAGGAACAAUAACAGCUUUAACAAUAAUAAAAAUAAUAGUAACAACAAUAAUAAUAAUAAUACAAAGUUUGAGGUCAAAGAGGAUAUGAUAGUUACUGAAUCCUCUGGAUACAAUGUUUUACUUAGAAAUGAUUGGAUAACUAUGCAAGUAAAAGCUGUUAUUGAUACAAAUAAACAAAUCAUGAUAAUCAAACAAAACAAUGAAACUGAUGUUAUUCUAAUCACUUGCUUUUCCAAGAUUGAUUCAAAAGUAUUUACUCCUAUAGAUUUUGUUAAGAAAGGAUCAGGACAAUGCUUAUAUAAAACAUUAUCAAAAGGAGAAAAUUGUUCAUACUGUAAAGCAUUACAUCAGGAUCUACAGGAAUACCAAAUAACUGUUUCAAUUAAUAAAGCACAAAUUAAAGCAAGCAAUAAACUGGUGGAAAUAUCAAAAGGAAAAGAAAUACCAAUAGAAAACUUAACAAAAGACCAGCAGCAGCAGUUACAACAGUUACUAGAGGAGAAUAAAGAUUUAUUUGCCAAUGAGAAGUUAGAAUUAACACAAACCAAUAUCUCUCAACAUGCAAUUAUCACGGAAAAUGCCACUCUUUCUAGAUUUAAAAUUCAAGAAGAAAAUUCAAAAAUGGCUACUCUAUAUGAUCUUAUAAGUCUUGACAUUUUAGAAGUUAACCCUCAAGAUGUUUUAGUGAUACAACCUCCAUACAAUGAUGAUGAUCAUUUAGAAUCAAAAUUAAAAUUAACUUAUUGA